UGCUAAGUGUUUAACACUCACUUGCUGCUCCAUUCCUGCUCUGCUUUUCCUCCUCCAUUUAUAACCUCCAAUCUCCUCAGCCAUCUAUUGAUUGUUGCGAUGGGGAAGAGCCAGAAGAAGGAACCAGAGAGCAGCAGCAGCGGCAACGCUGUUACGCCCGUCAAGAUGAAGAGAACGAGGAAAAGUGUCGCGCCACGUGAUUCCUCGUCUCGCCGAAGCUCUGUUUACCGUGGAGUCACCAGGCAUCGAUGGACGGGGAGAUAUGAGGCUCAUUUGUGGGACAAGAACAUCUGGAACGAGGCCCAGAACAAGAAAGGGAAACAGGGCAUGUUCUGUUUUGCUUGUUUUGUUUCUUGGUUUUUUAAAAUGCGAUGUUUUAUUCUCUAACACUGUUUUCUUUUUUGAUGGAUCGACGGGUGCUGCAGUUUAUCUCGGAGCUUAUGAUAACGAGGAAGCAGCAGCUCGUGCCUAUGACUUGGCUGCCUUAAAGUACUGGGGACAUGAUACCAUUCUCAACUUCGAUAUAUCAUUGUACAGAGAAGAGUUGCAGAAGAUGGAAGGUCUGUCCCAGGUUGAGUACAUUGGCUCAUUGAGGAGGAAAAGCAAUGGCUUCUCAAGAGGGGUUUCAAAAUACAGAGGCGUGGCAAGACAUCAUCACAAUGGAAGAUGGGAAGCUCGGAUAGGUCGUGUGUUUGGCAACAAGUAUCUCUACCUUGGAACAUAUGCUACUGAAGAAGAGGCUGCGGUUGCUUACGACAUUGCUGCCAUCAAAUACCGCGGCACGAACGCGGUCACCAACUUCGACGGCAGUCGAUAUCUCGGAGCGCAUCGCCCCAAAAUUGGUGGCUGCAGCGUCGGCACCAACAAUGCCGACCAUCUUGGUACAGUGCCAGUGGCAAUUACAGGCGACAUCCAUGAGAGUUUCAUCCAGAACUCGAGCCCUGCACAAGAACAAAGUAGCAGUAGCUCGGAGAACAAGUCCCAGUUUCCUUCUUUAAGCCCUGAGUUAGCACCGUUGCCUUCGGACCUCGAUCUGCUGUUGCAACCGUCGGAGUUGCAGCAGAUUUUCGAGAGCACUUCGUCGUCAGAGAAUCAGAGCUUGUCGCUGCCGACCCUUGUGAGCGACUACAACGACGCGCCAUUCUCCCAGUGUAGUUUCGUAGAAGACGUACAAGCAUACUUUGAUUACCAAACCUUGUUAGGAUGCGGCGCCGAUGGGGAUGAUUCCAUUUUCUGUGCUGAUUAUUUGAACUCGUUUCUGUUGCCAACUUUCGAUUGGGAAUUCGAUGUGUAAUAGGAGGGGGAGCAUUGGACUCGGGUAAAUUUAAAAGAGAGAAACACAUACUUCCUUUUUCAUGGAUCAGGGAUUUUUGUUGAGCAAGUAAUCAAUAAAAUUGUAGACGUAUACACAAAUCACCCUACCUGUAU